CCUUCCCGCGUUCAUUUGGGGAAGAUGGCGGAAGAAGGUCCGGGUGCUGGCGACGCCGCCGCCGUUGGGGGUGCUAUGCAUGGCCGAGUCACAGGACUCAUCGUCCCGCCGCCAGAGAUCCGUGCGGUGGUGGACAAGACAGCACAAUUCGUGGCAAGGAACGGCCGAAGUUUCGAGCGGAAGAUCGCAGGGGAGGUCGCGUCGGCCAAGUUUAGCUUCUUGCGCGCGUCUGACCCGUACAAUGCGUACUACGAGCACAAAGUGUCGGAGUUUGAAGCCCAGGCUGCAGAGACAGCGGCUCCUGCCAAAGACACCGCUGCAGCAGAAGGUUCGUCCAAAGGCGCGGACGACCGGACGGAUGAAACUACCGCGGACGGCGCUGCGUCCGCCGCGGACACGGCACCGACCGCGAUCGAAGAAAGCGUGGUUGCAAAGAAGCCUGUCGAGGCUGUGGUAAGUAAGAGCUUGAAGAAUCUCAAGGAGAAGAACACAAACUUGGACGCGCCACCACCCGAGGAGCAGUUCAAGCAAAAGCAUCCGACGCUGACGCCGCUCGAUCAAGAGAUCAUGUACAUGACCGCGCAGUACACGGCGGUGAGUGGCAAGCCGUUUUUGUCUGGAUUGGCGACGCGGGAGCAGCGCAACCCUCAGUUUGACUUUCUCAAACCGACCCACCCCCUCUUUGCGUACUUCACGUUUCUCGUCGAGAGCUAUGCCAAAGUCCUGACGGCGAAAGCGCUGUACGCAAAGAACAAGGCUGCUACCGAGGCGGGACACGAACCCGUUGCGAAUCCACUCAUCGAAGCGCUGGAAGCCGGUGUGAACCGCAUGCACGUGCUCGAUCGCUGCGUCCACAAACACGAGUGGUUGCGGCGCGAGGAAGAAGCCAAGCGCCGCGAAGCCAUGGAGACCGACGUCGAGAAGCUCGCGUACCUCCAAAUUGACUGGCACGACUUUGUCGUGGUCGAAACGAUCACGUUUGACAACGAUGACGCCACGGGCGCCGACGCCGCGCUGCCGUACCUCGAGACCGAUUCCCAACCAGCGGCGGCAAAUGGCGGCGGCGGCGGCGACGACAUGGACAUGGAUAUGGACAUGGAGGAGGAAGAGCGACCGGCCGAGCUCAAGGUCGUCGAUGACUACGUUCCCCGCGGCGCCGCGACCACCGCCCCCGCCGUCCACAUCACGUCUGUGGACGGGCAAACGAUCCACUCGGAACAAGCGAACGAACACAUGCGGAUUUUGCUGCAAGCGCCCAAGUACCGCGAAGAAAAGGCCCGGCACUUGCAAAAGGUGCAGGACACCCCGUUUGCACCCGGGGCAGCCAUCGCUGACAACUUCAAGCGGUUUGCCACGAAGCGAUCGGAUAUUUUUACGUCGUCUGCGGACGACGAAGCGCGGCUCGUUCAGGCAACGACGCAGAACCAACCGGCGGCCGGGCCGACCCCCCACGACGAAGAAGACGACGAUGCCGCGGACCAGUACCUGCCUGUUCAAACCCAAGCCCGCGGCCCCCCGCCGGCCGCGUACCACAUUCCACCGACGCAGAGACCGCCGCCGCCGCCGCCGAUGCAAGCGGUUGCUGGCUCGGGGUUUCCUCCCCCGCCUCCAGCACAGCCUCUGCCCAGUGUUCAGCAGGGCGCGGUCGUCCAAGCCCCCCCGAGGGCCCAUCAUCCGCUACUACCUCCACAUUUGGGCGUGCCGAUUCCUGCGGGCAUGGUGCCAGGCAUGACGAUGCCGCUUGUGAGUGGGAUGGUGAUUCCACUGGCACCGGCGGUGGUGCCGCCGCCAGUGGCACUAGUGGCCCCGCCUGCGACGGAGGGCGUGGGCGCCGAUGGCACGACGGGCGAUGCGCAGCCCCCCGUGAAGCGACAGCGCGUCGACGGUGUCAUCCUCCUCCCCGAAGACGAAUGGGCUGCCCAACGACCGGGCCAAGUCCGGCUAUUGGUGACGGUCCCAUACGAACCUGAAAACACCCAGUGGAAGCUGUCGGGGCAGACGCUGACGAUUCAAGUCGACAUCAAAGCGCCGAUCCGAGAUGUCAAAGCCGUCAUCCAGGACGAGACUGGCAUGCCGAUCGCCAAGCAGCAGGUCAAAGCCCCCGUCGUGGGCUUCCUCAAGGACUCGCUCACGUGCGCGCAUUACAAUUUUGACAACGAUGUCGUGAUGGAGCUGAGUGCGCGCCAACGCGGCGGUCGCCGUUGACCACGCGCGGUCCAACAAGAGGCGUGGCGGAAUCGCAUAAUAUACAGUCAUCACACCGCUCUCCUCUGCGUCAACUCGCG